CUAUCGACGCUGCUCUAAAUGUUUUUGCAGGAAAUGAGUUUACUUCUGAAUACAAAUAUGACGGAGAACGUGCACAGGUAUUUUCAUAUUUGUGAACAAUAGAUUCAUUUAAGGAGUAACGGCACAGUUGAAGUAUACAGCCGUAAUCUGGACUGCACAAGUGCUAGAUUUCCAGAAAUAUCCUCAAUAAUGCUGCAAUGCGUUUCAAAAGACAUAAAAACAUUUAUUUUGGAUGCCGAAACUGUUGCUUGGGACUCUGUUGAGAGUAAAGUGAUGCCUUUCCAACUUUUGUCCACCAGAAAACGCAAAGUUUGAAUUUUUAAAUUGAAGUCAAAGGAUGUAAAUGUGGAUGAGAUAUCCGUUUCUGUCUGUAUUUUUGCAUUUGAUAUUCUCUACAUAAACGGAAACUCACUUUUAACUAAUUCGUUGAGAGAAAGACGGAAAAUUUUGCAUUCAUCAUUUAGUUCACUUCCUGGGAAAUUUAUGUUUGCGGAAUAUACCGAUUCAUUUGAAAAUGAAGAAAUCGAUAACUUUCUCACAAGUGCACUCAAAAGUAGAUGUGAAGGCCUCAUGCUUAAGACUCUUGAUAUUAAUGCUUCUUAUGAAAUAUCCAAAAGGAGUCAUAAAUGGCUCAAGUUGAAGAAAGAUUAUCUUGAAGGAAUGGGUGAUACGCUCGAUUUAGCUGUUUUGGGGGCUUAUUUUGGAACUGGAAAAAGAACUGGUACCUAUGGAGGCUUUUUAUUGGCCUGCUAUGACCCAGUACAAGAAGAAUAUCAAACUGUUUGCAAGGUUUUUAUUCUUGUUGAAUAUGAAGAUUGGCACUGGGUUUAG